AUGGCCUCCUACAACCCCGCCCCGCUGCCGGUGCGCUUCGGCAGCAAUGUUAGUCUCACUUUACACCAGGCGUUUCUCUCGACAGCCGGUGUGCUGCUCAGCGAUCCCGUGGCGCGCGUCCAUGUUGUCACGGUCAAGAGACUGCACGCAUCGCCGCCCUUCUCCGUAUCCAAUGCAAAUCCUCAUACCCGCGGCGUUGCCGCAGCAGAGGAGGGAAUCCGUACAGUGCUGAACUCGAAGGAGGUGGGCAAGUCCAAGCCACACUUCUUCACCGCACAUCCCAAGUUCAACGAGACCUUCAACUUUACCGUGGCAGAGACGAGUACCUUGACGUCACUGUCGAUUCCAGUAAAGGCGGUUUCGGACAGAGCUAACGCUUCCGCCCAAUGCCGUGGGAAACGGGAGGGUGACCGUGGCUGCAGCGAAAGCGUUGUGGACUUCGUGGUUGUCACGAUCGAGUCCGCUGACGGCACAGUCUUCUACGGCGAGGCAUACGCGCCUUUCAGCCCACACUGUCCCAGCUCUGUUCCCGCCGCAAGUCCAGUGCGUGUGAUGCUGUCCCCUCGCAACGCCCAGGAUACCGCAGACCCACUUUUUCUGCAGGACAACGCACUGCUGGAAGCGAGGCACCUCGACGACUUUGGGUUUGUGACAAUGAGCUGGGAGGUGGCAGUGGUGCCGCACGGUGGGGCGCUGAUGGGGACUGAGCCUCCGCUUACCUCCUCCGCACCUUCUGGUAGUGCUUCACCGUUCCCAGUUGGGUUGACGCUCCGGGCAACGUGGCUGGCGCGUGCCACCGCCUACGUGCGCGGUGCCCAUUACACCACAUCCGUCGAGUUUGGAGGACAGGACCGCUUCAUCUUCUCCGAUCCUCAGCAGCCGCUGUGUUUGACGCUGCAGGGCGGGUCGGCCGAGCUGGAGCUGCGGCGCGCCGUCUUCCACUGCUCUGUCCAGAGCGUUGUCGACCCCACUAAGUCACAUGACGUGGCAGUGCCGCUGCCGCUCCCGCCGCUGACCUCCGCUGCGGCCCGCAACCGCGACGUUCGGUGGGCGGCGCCUGUCCGCACCAUCAACGGCGUGGACCUCGGUUUGCUGCUCGUGACGAUGCGAGUCUCCACCAAGCCGCUCUCCGCCGAUGCGCCGCGCUGCCCGGACGCGGCGUGCACACGCGUCAAUGACCCGGUUCAUCAAGAAGAGUACCAGCACGUGGCACAGCUCUGGGGGAAGUCACAGCCGCCACAAGCGCCGCUCGGCGCCUAUCAGCCUAUUGCUUGGGAGUCGCAGCAGCACGUCGCUGAGGCUGCGCGGCGCCAGUUGAAGCGCCAGUGCAUCCUGGAAGCGCAACCCACCGCGGAGCAUGUGCGCCACAUCUUCGAUGUUCUCAUGGGCCGCACUUCGCUCGACGGCGGGGUGGCCCAGUUGGCAGCGAUGUUCAGCGGCAAAAAUGCUGCAGAGGUGACUGCCGGAGACCUGCGGGAGCUGAUGGUGGGCUGCGCCUUUCACGCGGCACAGAUGUCGGUGCAGGAUGCAGCGCGCUUCUGCUUCGUUGCACUGCGCCGCGACGUCGAGGAUGCCGUGGCGGCUGAGGAGGUGCAGUACAUAGUGGAUUACUGCCUGCUGGAGAAGACGAUCGAAAUGCCGACAGGAGAGAGGAAGCGCUUAGUCACCGACCUGUUCGCCGACGUAGGCACCAUCUCCUACCACGACUUCGCGAAGUACCUUCUGCACAACUACGCCUUGUGGGCGGCACUCGGUGUCCCGCUUACCGUGGACGAAUCGGUGUCGAACGUGCAGCGUCAGCAUGCUGACCUUCUUCACGCGCCAGGAUCGGGUGCGGCCGUAUUGGACGUCGCAACCCUUCCUCAGCCACUCCGGGCAACGACUGGUGCGCCAGUGACGGCGGCAGCGGCAACCGCCACGCAAAGCUCUGCCGUGGCCCUCGCGGCCGCACUCUCCGACCCUGUGUCGUCAACUACGUGGCGGACCUUUGUGGUGCGUGUCGCGCAGGCGCCCCAGAAGGCGUUCAGCGUGACUGCCCACGCGGCAGACCGUGUUAGUGACAUCAUGGCUAUGGUUGAGGGGCGCACUGGCAUCAAGGCUGAGCGCCAGGAGUGGAGAGUGGUCAGUGGCGGUGCAGAGGGGGCUGGCGUGUCUUGUGCAGCAGCGCAGAAGUCGCUCGAUCCAGCAACACUAGUGGGCAGUACGACGCUUGGCCUCCCGUCGGCACUGUGCAGCCGUUCAGCUCCGUUUACGUCAACCUUUGGCAGCAACGCCGCGCAAGAGGUCUGGAUCUAUGAGGCUGAGGAGUCCGUUCAAGUGCGUUUUCAUGUCAAAGAUCGACUGCACAGCACGAAGGACUGGCAGGAGCGGCUGCCAGUGAAGGAGAAGGUGCUGAAAGUGCGCGCCGCAGUGCAGCGCAGGACGCUCAUCCCACUCUCCCGAUGUACCCUCACAGUGAAGCACAGCAAUGGCAUGGUGACGAAGCUGCAGGACCGCCACACGCUCGGCCACUAUCACCUUAUGAGCGGCGAUGUCAUCGAGGUCUCGCACGAGUAA